AGUGAUGCUUUCAACUGCAGAUCAACUCCAGUAAUCCUACCUGGUCCAGACCCAAACUCUCCAACAUGUCGUUCAGCACCAGAUCCUACGGCCAGAAGACCUUGAGCGUGUACGGCGGAGCAGGAGGCCGUGGCACCCGCAUCUCCUCAUCCCAGAUGAGCUAUGCACCAUCACCUGCAAGCUUCAACCUGGCUGACGGCAUGGACCUCCACGUCAGUGCCAACGAGAAGGCCACCAUGCAGAACCUGAACGACCGUCUGGCCUCCUACCUGGAGAAGGUCCGCACCCUGGAGAAGGAGAACGACCACCUGGACAAGCAGAUCAGAGAGUGGUACCAGAACAAAACCGUCAUCUGCCAUGACUACACCAGCUACUUUGCCAUCAUCGAUGACCUGAAGGACAAGAUUCGUAUUGCUUCCAGGCUCAAUGCCAAGACAGUCCUGGACAUUGACAACGCAAAACUGGCUGCUGAUGAUUUCAAGAUGAAGUAUGAGAACGAGCUGGCCAUGAGGAUGGCUGUGGAGGCGGACAUCUCUGGACUGAAGAGGGUGCUGGAUGACAUGAACCUGGCCAGGAUGGAUCUGGAGAGUCAGUAUGAGGCCCUGAAGGAUGAGCUCAUCAUGCUCAAGAGGAACCACGAAGAGGAGAUGGUUCUGCUGAGGAGUCAAAUGGGCGGACAGGUUAAUGUGGCCGUGGACGCUACUCCCUCUACAGACCUGAACCAGGUCAUGACAGAGAUCAGAGAUCACUACGAGGGAGUCAUCGCCAAGAACCGCAAAGAACUGGAGUCGUGGUAUCAGAACAAGAUUUCAGCGGUGGAGCAGGACGUGAUCACACACACAGAGAUUCUGGUUACAUCCCGCACAGAGAUUAAAGACCUGAAGAGCACCCUCCAGAGGCUUCAGAUUGAACUGCAGUCCCAUUUGAGCAUGAAAGCGUCUCUGGAGGGCACCCUGGCAGAGACUCAGGCACGCUACGCCGCACAGCUAGCAAGCCUCCAGAACAUGGUCACAAGCCUGGAGGCUCAGCUGUCCCAGCUCCACGCCAACAUCUCCAGCAACAAGCAGGAUUACGACAUGCUGCUGGACCUGAAGACCCGGCUUGAGCUGGAGAUCGCAGAGUACAGGAGGUUGCUGGAUGGGGAGGAUGACAGCUCAAAACAAGUGGUCACAAAGGUCAUCACAGUGGUGGAGACAGUUGUGGAUGGAAAGGUGGUCGAGAGCAGCAAGACUGUUGAUGUGGAUGUAGAUCAGAUUGAGUGAAAACAUUUGAAGCGUUAGCAAAAAUCAAUAAAGAUCAUGCAGUUGAAUUAAA